GUCUCCGCGGGAUCGCCCUGGAGACGCAUUCUCGGGGGAACCCGCAGCCGCCAAUGGGAAGGGAGCGAGUGCCAUGAACAGGCCAAUAAGGAGGGAGCGGUGCGGGGUUUAAAUCUGAGGCAAGGCCCUGCAUCUCCCAGCGUGCUGCAGAGGAACGGCUGUUGAUCUGUGUUGAAUUCAGGUCCCCGGCUUGUCGGGGGCUCGAGUUCUCGGCUUCUCUCCUCUGAGCUGCUACCUGUUGAAGAGGAAGCCAUGGCGUUCCGGGUCACCAGGAACACGAAAAUUAAUGCUGAAAAUAAGGUGAAGAUCAAUAUGGCAGGCGCAAAGCGCGUGCCUGUGUCCACUGCUGCAGCCUCCAAGCCGGGCCUGAGACCAAGAACCGCCCUUGGAGACAUCGGUAACAAAGUCAGUGAACAGCCACAGGCCAAAUUACCUCUGAAAAAGGAAGCAAAAACUUUAGCUGCUGGAAAAGUUAUUGCUAAAAAAGUACCUAAACCUCUGGAAAAGGCACUGGAGCCUGUGCCUGAGCCUGCGCAGGAGCCUGUGCCGGAGCCUGCAUCAGAGCCAGAACCUGAGUCUGUUAACAAAGAAGAAAAACUUUCUCCUGAGCCUAUUGUGGUUGAUACUCCCUCUCCAAGCCCAAUGGAAACGUCUGGAUGUGCCCCUGCAGAAGAAUAUCUGUGUCAGGCUUUCUCUGAUGUAAUUCUUGCAGUGAACGAUGUGGAUGCAGAAGAUGGAGCUGAUCCAAACCUUUGUAGUGAAUAUGUAAAAGAUAUCUAUGCUUAUCUGAGGCAACUUGAGGAAGAGCAAGCAGUCAGACCAAAAUACUUACUGGGUCGUGAAGUCACUGGAAACAUGAGAGCCAUCCUAAUUGAUUGGCUAGUGCAAGUUCAAAUGAAAUUCAGAUUACUGCAGGAGACCAUGUACAUGACUGUUUCCAUUAUUGAUCGGUUCAUGCAGAAUAAUUGUGUUCCCAAGAAGAUGCUGCAGCUGGUUGGUGUCACUGCCAUGUUUAUUGCAAGCAAAUAUGAAGAAAUGUACCCUCCAGAAAUCGGUGACUUUGCUUUUGUGACUGACAACACUUACACUAAGCUCCAAAUCAGACAGAUGGAAAUGAAGAUUCUAAGAGCUUUAAAUUUUAGUCUGGGUCGCCCUCUACCCCUGCAUUUCCUUCGGAGAGCAUCUAAGAUUGGAGAGGUUGAUGUGGAGCAACAUACUUUGGCCAAAUACUUGAUGGAACUAACGAUGUUGGACUAUGAUAUGGUGCACUUUUCUCCUUCUCAGAUCGCAGCGGGAGCUUUUUGUUUAGCACUGAAAAUUCUCGAUAAUGGUGAAUGGACACUAACUCUACAGCAUUACCUGUCAUAUACUGAAGAAUCCCUUCUUCUUGUUAUGCAACACCUGGCUAAGAAUAUAGUCAUGGUGAAUCGUGGACUUACAAAGCACAUGACUAUCAAGAACAAGUAUGCCACAGCUAAGCAUGCUAAGAUCAGCACUCUUGCACAGCUGAAUUCUGCACUAGUUCAAGAUCUGGCCAAGGCUGUGGCAAAAGUGUAACUUGUGAAAUUGAGUUGGAGUACUGUAAUGAUCUGCAAAUAAAAUUGGCACCAUGUGCUAUCUGUAUAUAUUACAUGUUACAUUUAUUUACUUUUAAUAAAGUUGUGGACCUUUUUACUUCUUACCUUAACUCAUUUGAAUGUGGCCACUUCCUGCUCUUGGGGAACCCUAAAAGUAGCCUUAAAGAUAUGCUAGGGAAUAUAGAGUAUUAAAAAAAGCGCUUUCAGUUAAACUAGGGACCCAACUAAUAUAUAUAAUUGUUGCUUAUAUGAUUCUUGUUUUAUAUACCUACCUGGAUUUUGCUUUAUAAAUAGGAAUUACUAAGGUUAUGAAGGCAUUUAAAACCCUUACCUUCCAUAGGGCAUACUGCAUGUAAGCCUAGUCAUCUUGGAGCAUCUGCUGCCUUGUUCUACUUAAGUAAAAGUCUGCCACCUCAUCCCUAGUCCGCCAUUUUCUGUUUCUUCUGGUGUUUGCUGCCAUAAAUUCUAAGUAAUCUACUUUUACCACUAUUUCUUAAAUUAUCAACUUUAGUAUCAACUUUUUCACUUGGAAAAAUGACUUUAUAUUCUAAACAUACUUUACUUUUUCUUUAUUAGUUGAGAAAAUAAAACAGACUCCUCAAAACAUACCAAAGUAUCUUAAAAAGUUUAUUUUACCUCUCCCCGCAACUCUCCUACAUCUCCACGCCCUCGACCUGAAGAUGUCAACAGUUUGAGAUGUAGCCUUCCAUGACUUCUAUAAACAUAGAUGUGCAUAGAUAUAAAUUGUCAUGGAGAUUUUAAAACAUAAGAUUUUUCUACAUGCUUAGCAAUUCCUUUCAAUAUGUAUAGACAUCUGUUUUAGGGUAUUACGUUCCAGAGUAUAAUGUAUUCAGUCAUUCAAUUGACAUUUGGAUGGCUUUUUUCUUUGCCCCUAAAGACAAUGCUGUUUAAAUAUCAUUAAGUAUCAUGUUGGUUUUUUGGGGGUUUUUUUUACAUAAAUUGGGUUCUCCAAAGGGUAUGUGUGUUCUCACUUAAAGCAGGUCCUGUCAAAUGACUUUCUCAGUGUCAUCAGCAAUGUACAAAAGUGCUGGUUUUCUCUGCAGUUUUGUCAAAACUAAAGAUAAUCUCUUUAAUUUCUGUGAAUUUGGGAAUUCUACCUUGUUUGCUGUUUUAAUGUAUACUCCUAAUGAUUACUUGAAUAAAUUUUUGUUGUCUACUAA